AUGGCCCCUAGCCCCCAAGAUAAGCGCUAUGACAAUGCACAAGACGUGCGCACCAUCAUCGACAUCGUGAAGGGCGAGACUGGCAUUGAGGAACUGCCGGGCUUUGGACUCUUACAAUGGCAUUAUAUGUCCCGCAACUCCGGAAUCUUAGGCGACGAGAAGCUUGCAGUUGGUAAGUUAAAUGGCCAGGAUGUGUUUGCUUGCCUGCGAAUGCCGCCCGUCGACGAUAAGUACUCGCUCAGGGCAAACCUGAUCAAGCUAAUCACCGGCGACGGAGUCACCACGUCCCAGGUCGAGCCUUCAAUGCUGGGUCAGAUUGUCUACGCGCCUAUUUUCAAGCAUAUCCGAUGCGAUACUGGCACGGCAUCGCAGCCCGAUUGCCCCAUCAAGGCGUUCAUGGUGGCAUGUUUCGUCCUCCGAGGCCAUACUCACGACAACCCACUCAAGCCCCGAGCAUUGUUUCGUGUGGAACUGAUCACUGCUUUAAAGCAGUACGAGCAAACGAUCCUGCUAAAGGGCAAAAGGAAAGAUCUCGCUGGAGCCACAUCAGCUUCAAGUACAGCUUCAGCGUUCAACGGCAAAAGCGUUACGCCUGCAGUAGAAUCCGACAAAGGGCAUCAUGUUGAAGACGUCCGAAGUCAUUUACAAAAGAAGCUAGGAAGUGGGACAUUGCCCUACAUCAGCGACUUGGGAUGGGAGCCCAGUAGUCUCGCUGGCGCCCCGGAAAAGUUGCGAAUUGGCACGCGGUGCCAUGCAGCCGUUUUCGCAAUCUUCAACCCGCGGGCUCAUCCCGCACAGCAGCUUAACAUAAUUCAAGCUGGCAAAGGUCGACUCAGGAUCGAGAUCCAGAGGGCUGGUAUGGCGUCAGUCAAAUAUGACGAACCAUACUCUCAUCUUGGGCCUACAGGCAAGGAUAUGCCCGUUACGCAAAUCAAGGCAUUAGCGCAGACUCUAAGAACAUAUCUGAAGGGUCUAUUUGCUCUUCGCGGCCACUCGGAGGGCCGACGGAUUUGCAUUGAUUUGCAGUCACUCACCAGGACAAUUUCGACGAUUAGAAUGGCGGGAUAUGGUAUCGGGACAGGUUCCGGUAAAGACGCGGCAGACACAACCGAGCCUAUGUUGGAUGGCAUUUUGGAUACCAUCGAGGUCCGCAGCUCCUCCAGGUCGGCUUCCACAACGACGACUCCCAGGGCGAACAUAGCUCGAAGCCAUACGAAAGACACAAGCCAAGCGUCCGAGGAUAACAUGUUCGACAUGGGUAACGGAGAGAGCAGCACUUCGCGAUGGUCAGCAAUAGACCUGCCCGCUCAGAAGUCAGGCACGGGACUCUAUGGAAUUUUCUCCAAAGCAAACUGGGCCUCCAACACUCCAAAGAUUCUUCAAACUCCACUGGAGUCCGGUUCUAGGGCAGUCCAUUUGACAAGCCCAAGCAGCUCUGACACAGAGUCUGUGACUCCAGACUGUCUUGCGGAGAGCGAUGAUCGACUCGAGAUGAGCUCGUCCCAUCUUAUGAUACCCGAACCCGACAUUCUACCAGAGUUGAGGUCAUCCAAGUCACCUACCCCUCAGAUCGUUCCGAGCACAAACUCAUCCAUGUUCAAAGAGAUAAGCACUAUACCAAUAGGCACCCAGGACCUUGACCAGGACUCAGUUAUCGGAGACGACCCAAGCGAAGAUACACCUAGCCAGAAGCUUACGCCUGGAGGACUCAUUGAUGUCAUGACCGACGUAGCCAAGGACGGAAGCAAUGACGCUCGAUCUGACUGGCUGAAAGACUUCAUCACCAUCAGAACACACCAAACUAUCAUAGCUGUUUAUCAUCAACAAGUGCAAGCCUACGAGCAGCAGAUCUCAGACCUCCACCUCAAAAUUCUCAACGCCAAGUCUGUGGCGAAGCUAAAAGAAGAUGAUGCCUCCCAAGCCUGCAAUGACACACUGAGAGAUGCUAUGAAUGGCCCACGCCCAGACUGGACUACUUCUCUUGAAGUACUCUCGCGUGCUGUGGAAGCUGCUAAACUGAAGUCCAAAGACAUCUCGGCAAGACUACAAGCCGAGAUAACAGCGUUCGAGGGUGAUAUCUCCGCUAUAGAGGCAAAGAAGGCGCAGGCGCAGACGCAAAUCGAACAUGCUGCUCUUGAACAGGCGAAUGCGAAGAAGAGAAAGGCGGAGACUGACGACGAUGACCUGAUGGAGACGAUCAUGAUGGACAUGGUUGAUGCUGGCAGGAACAUGGGGAGGGCGGAGAAGAAGAGAAAAGUAACGUAA